AUGACGCUCGCUAACGGACUAGGUGGUUCUGCCGGCUACGUCGUCGCCUCAAGACUCAGCGAUGCAGACCCAAGUCUGUCCAUUCUCGUGAUCGAGUGUGGCCCGGAUAACCGCGAUGACUCCACGGUCGUCCACCCGAUAUUUGCUUUUGGCCGCAUGGCCACAUGCGGCAAGACGAUGCUGAACUAUUCGUCAAUCAAGGAACCACGGACCGCCGAGAGAGUCAUCAACAGAGCCGGAAAGGUUCGAUUACAACUGCUGGAAGGUGCCUGGCUGGUCCGCGAAUGGCUGCUGCCAUUCAUGAAGAAGAUUGAGUCGUAUCACGGCCAGGGAUCUCAGACGCCCAUGGCGAACCAGGUUGGGUACCCUGCAAUCAAGGAUCUACAGGACUUCGACUCCUACAACGGUGUUCAGCGCAAUUUGGCAUACAUUAGAAAGGAUGGCAAACGUCAGGACGCAGCGCAUAAAUAG